GAUGCUGAUAAAUUCUCUCUUUUAUGUAUUUUGCUGGAUUAGAAAACGGAAAAUGUUAGUGGGUAGAGACUUUGGAAGCAGUGAUUUUGGACUCAACCUAUUUCCAUAAUUACAAUGGCAUUACAUUUUUUAGUCUUUUUAGUAGCUAUUGUUUUGUCUGUGAAGCUUGCCAGUCUUAACUUGCAUUUGCAAAUGUGGUUGCUGCAUAGAUAAUGCUUGUAAUUCUGGUUUUUGUGUGAGGAUUUAUUGAUGCCACUAUGAUAAUUAUUUGGAUAUGAUGUGCUGUUAUUGUUCUUGGCUUAAGAUGGUCGUCCAAGGGUUACUUUUGACAAUACUGCUGCAGGCCUUUGUGGUUGAAACGUACAUAGGGCCAUGCCGAGAUUGUGGAAUACGAAGCUAGAUUCUGGCAGUUAUGGGGAGAGGCCAGUUCCUGCAAGUGUGCAAUUACGGCAGAUCAUCCUCUUGCAUGAAGGCAAGGCUAGAGAUGCUCACCAUACUCCGUCCUCCCUCCUCCAUCUUUCCUCCGCCACUAACCUCUCGCUCAAUCAUUACUCUUUCUGCCACCGUUGCUGCCACUGCAUCUCCUCCUUCAUCCAGAUCUGCCGCCGCUGCUACGUCUCUUCCUUUGUCCAUAUCUGCGAUUGUCGCCUCUCCCCCCUUCGCAGCACCCAGGACCGCCUCUCCCUCUUCCUCUGAGUCUGCCAUUGCCGCCUUUCUCUCUACCUCGGUUCUUCUCCUUUUACAGAUCUGCUCCUCAGUCACCUUCUCCUCUCCUUUCGUUUUUCUUUUUUCUUUUGAAAAGUAAAUAUUUUUGUUGAUUCUUGUGAAAUUUUUGCUGGCUGAUUUGUGAUGAACUAUGUGUGAUGAUAAAUCUAGUGGUGGAGAUGAUGGAUAGUAGUGGCAGCAAUGGUGGUUAAUUUUUUUGUUUUAAAACAAAAUUUAUUAUAGGGAUAAUAUGGACUUUUUUUAAUUUUAUUGUGUCUUGUUCAAUACUUCAAUAUUUUACCAAACACAAUACAUAUAAUUUGUGUCUAUGUCUUUAAUGUUUAU